CUCUCCACUUGCUAUACGUUAUCCACCCAACUCUCUUCAUUUCUGAAAAAGAAGAAGAAUAAAGAUAAGAUAAAACCUCUGAAACAACAAUGGCGCUAAUUACAGCGUCCUCUUGCUUGAAGCCUCAAUCUUCUUCAAUAAGUUUGAAAACCAAUUUGAAGACCAAUUCGGAGCUAGGGUUUGUUACUUCACAAUUGAGCGGCCUCAAGAUUUCUUACGAUCAAUGUGUUGCACCCAUUAACAUUUCGACCACAAUCAACCUCCCUGUUCAGCCAGUUGCUCGUAGAAUCUGUCCGUUCACAGGAAAGAAAUCAAACACGAAAAACCUUGUUUCUCACUCAAACCACAAGACAAAGAAAUUGCAGUUUGUGAAUCUGCAGUACAAGAGAGUAUGGUGGGAGGCUGGCAAACGUUACGUGAAGCUGCGUUUAUCAACUAAAGCUUUGAAAACCAUUGAGAAAAACGGGUUAGAUGCUGUUGCCAAGAAAGCUGGAAUUGAUCUUAGCAAGAAAUAGUUUGAUUUCCUUUCCUUGCACAUUGUUGUUUUGUUCAUGUUAAAGUUGUUACUCAGAUUUUCCAUUUUGAAAUGAUCAUCUCUGUUUACUGUUGCUGAUUGUUCAAAUUGGAUAAAGAUUUGAUUUAGGGGUGUUUCGAUUC